AUGGAGAACCCUAAAGAAAAUAACAAGGUAGAGAACCAUCAUACGGUGAAUGCAAUUUUGAGUCCUACUUUUGUCUUUUCUGCUACAAAACUAGCAGACCAAUUCGGAUAUGCAGAAGGUAAUCCUACUCCAGAACAACAAAUAUUGGAUCCUAAAUUAAGAAGAAUAUUUUCUAACCGAUUUGCUGCCCAAAGAUCAAGGGAGAAGAAGAAAAAUCAUUUAGCCAAUUUGGAGAUUCAAAAGAAAACUUUUGAGAAUGAAAUAGCCCAAAAACAACAACUACAAGAUUUGUACGAAAAUAAGAGGCAGACUCAGAUAGUAGAAGAAGAAACAAUGUACCAGGAAAUUGAUAUUCUUAAGAAUUAUUCAAUGUUCAAAGAUGCUGAAAUUGAGAAGGACAAAGGUGAAGUGAUUAGGGAGAGGGAACUCCAAGUGAUAGAGAAACAAGAGGAAUUGCAAGCACAUUUGGUUAACUUGAAUAUUGGUCCACAGGAGCCUGUGUCCAAUUAUCCAACCUCAAUUUAUUAUGCAAACUCAUAUCCAGUUGCAGCAAAUGAAGUGGAUCCACUUGAGUCAUACAUACCACCAGAGCCAAGGGAGUUGCGGUUUCCUGCUGUGCCAAAUUUGCAUGAUUUGAACUUGAGUCUACCCAACAACAUGGGAUCGGUGGAUCAGACAAAUCUUACAAGGGGAACCGCUUUGAACCACAAACCUUAA